AUGCUGCUUGGAUUUGGUUCACUUGGCAUUGGAGUAUGGUUAUAUAUCGAUAAAAAUACUUACAGUGGUUUAACUCCAACUUCAUAUAGCGCAAUGUCUGCUGCAGGUUUAUGUGCUGCUGCUGGUAUAACUGCAGUUAUAAUCACUUUCGUUGGUUGUAUUGCAUUAUGGAUUGCUUCUAAACCACUUUUAUUAGCGUAUGUACUUUUUGUCAUUCUGCUGUUUAUGGUCCAAGCGGGGGUCAGCAUUUUAACAAUGCGUUAUAAAGUGGACGUGAGUCGGAAAAUACAUGCUGAUUUAUUGAGAAAUAUCAAGCAAGACAUAACUUUAAAUCAACAGUACAUUUUUCACGGAAAUCAGAUGACUUGGGAUCUCAUUCAGUCUGCUUUUAAAUGUUGCGGCGUGGAUGGCCCAUCGGAUUGGUUCAAUAGUUCAAGGUGGCCGAAAAGUAAUUAUGUGCCUGAUAGUUGUUGUGAUCCGUCAAAAUUUGAUAUAUCCGGCUCAAUGAUUAACUGUGGAAAGGGCAUUGACAACGCUUCUCUUUGGUUUUCUCAGGGAUGUGUUAAUGUUUAUUCUCAUUGGCUGUUGGAGCAUAUACGUAUCGUCGGAUUCAUUGCUAUUGCAUUUAUUGUUUUAGAAGGUUUUGUUAUGGGGAGUGCAGCAAAAUUCAAAAAGAUUAAUGGGGCAAAACAUCGAAUGGUGUUGUUUCGAUUGAGAUCAAGUAUAAUGGAUUCGAUUCUUGUCCUUAGAUAA